AAGCCCUCUCUCCUCACCUACUAGGGCAUAGGAAGCCUGAGGAACAGAGACUCCCAGAGCAUUCCAUAUUCUGAGCCCUCAUUGUGCAGAGAACCCAUUUGGUUCCAAGACUUGGACAAAGGCAGUCGGCUGUGCCAGAGCCGGAGCAAUGUAGAGAAGGUGGUGACUGAGCGACGCAGAGAAUGGAUGGCUGGGGUCUAUGAAGGGCCACGCCCUGUCCCGAGGAGGUGGAGGGACUAUGGAGUCCCAAGGUCAAGGCUACCCGAGCUGGGACACUCGGGGCAGGCGUGCCACCAUCUUUCCCCAGAGAGAAGGGACCAGGACUUUGGGACCCUCUGCACUCCCUGCUCAGGAUGAGACUGAUUCCUCAACGCCUCGUGAAAGGAAGUACAGGCUUCCCGUGACCAGGAAGAGGGCCGUGUGUGACUUCAGGGUGAGGUGGCCAGAGAUCGUAAACAAGGACCAGGAGGUGCAGAGAGAGGACCUGCUCCAAUCUGGACUGCAGCCCCUGGACAGGAAGUCCCUGGACAUGAUAAGCUUAUGCUCCUCAGAAGCCAGCGUCAGCCUCAGACAACAGGAGAGUAGCCACAGUGAUUUCCAGGACCCCCAAGAAGUCCCCGCCUGCUUCCCGGAGGCUCCGCACAUGGCCAUUCUCAACAACUAUCUGAAGCCAGAGUCAAUGACCAGGCUGGAGAAGAGGGUGAGGAAGAAGACCGUGGUGGCCAUGAAUCGGCUGGAGAUGGAGAUGGAAGCUGCCAAGUUCCGGAGGGCAGUGCUGCUGAGGGACACAAGGGAGCUGCAGGAUGAGAGAGCGCUGGAGGAAGUAGAGGACAAGCCCUUCUUGGAGUACCUGAAGAAGAGACACCAGAUAGCCCAGGAGAAGUACGACAUCCUGUGGAAUGAUUACAUCCAGCAGAGUCAGGAGAUUGAGGACAGGAGGCAAGAGCUGGCCUCUGACUUCACCUCCCGCCAGGCUGACUUCCAGAAGCAGCUGGUGCAGGGCAGGAGGCUGGCGGCCAGUUUGAAGAGGAAACUGAAGGCCCUGGAGCCCAUAGCAAAGAUAAAGCAGAGCCAGGACGAGGAGAAAAAGGCCCUGGAGCUGGAAGAAGCCAGCAUCGUGGCUGACAUCCCUUUCAUGGACCGAGAGGCACACCUCCAGUUCCUGAAGGAAAGGGCCGACCUAGAGAAGCAAGUGGAGGAACUGAACCUGCUGGACUCAGGAGAGGACAUCACCAGGGAGCUGAAGAAGAAGACCAAGGCCUUGGAGGCUAGGAUCCAACAGGCUCACAGGGCCUUCUGCAAGGGUGUCAUUGCUGAGAACAAGCAGCUGCGAGCAGAGAUCCAGCAGCUGGAUCAGGAAUUCUGCAAGCUGGAAGCCAUUAGGGAGAAGCUGGAGCAGCGGAAACAGCAAUGGAAAGAGCAGCAGUGGUACCUGGAGGCCCUGGCCCGGGGGAGGCAGCGCCUGUGGCAGAUGGAGCACCGCCCCCCCAAACCACAGGCCACCCCACACCCAACCCAGGGCCGUCUACGGGGUGCCAGGCCGAGAGCCACUCCUAAGUAAUGGCUGCCGUGUCCCAGGAAGGAGACUGGAGCUCAAGCUGGGAGUAGCACACAAGACUUGAAGAUGUCAUCAGGAUAAUGCACGGGGGGCAGACGCACCAAGGGGAUGGAGGGCUGAGCUCCUCAGAGAGGCAGAGGGGUCCUGGCCUGGCCUGUCUCUCAGGCUUGGGCCCCUCACAGCAGCCUGAAGGGCUCUCCUAACCAAAGGCUUCCCAGCAUAUGGGAAACUUGGCUCUUUAGACUCCAUACCCUCCUUGACAACAAGUUCCCUGUGGUAGUGUAGACUUUGGUGCUCAAUCCCUGCUCUAGUGUGGACUUCAUGACAAUAGGGUGCAUUUGUAAUCAGCACCUUCCAUACAGUCACCCCAUCUCACAGUAGUGGGAGUGGUGUCAUAGGUGGGUGCAGGGUGUUCUCUGGGGAAAUGGGUUCUUCGCACUUGUGCGUGGCUGAGGCUGGUCUGCAGAGCUGUGGGUUGUGAUGUGGCCUGUGGCCCCGGGUUUGGGUCCUGUGAUCCUGUGUGACAAAAUAUAGACAGCUCUCUGAGUCCUGGGUGUUGCUGCAGACAAAAAGCCUCAGCAUUACAUUGUAGAUUUUUAACUUUUACUUAGCUAUAAAAUGAACUCAUUUGAAACUGUGCUGCAAGUGAAAAUGAAUGUACCUUUGGCUUACAGAUUUUGCUUGCAUGUGAAAUAUUUUGUUCUUAAACCAUGUUAUUGAAAAAUAAGAGCCUGGCUGUGACUGUUCACAAUAAAAGUCUGUUUAUCGUUAUCCAA